AUGCCAACCGCAUCGCAUCGUGAGGAUGAGGCUGGCCUUGGCGCCGUUGCUAGAGGUGGUGCGACUGAUGAUCGUCGGGCAGACAUUCUAGAGGCGGUUCGGGCCGAGCACCAGCUGAGCUUUGCACAGGCCGUCAGGCUGUACCCGAAAGCCAUCGGCUGGUCGGCAUUCGUCUCGAUCGGAGUCAUCAUGCUCGCUUUCGAUCCCCAGCUAGUGGGAAAUCUGUACGCGACGCCGCAAUUCAAGCGCGACUACGGACGUCCCUACAAGGACGGUUUCAUCGUUGACGCCGCAUGGCAAACCGGCCUGUCUAUGGGCUCGCCCGUCGGACAGGUCGUCGGGGCUCUCCUUGCGGCGUACCCCAUGGACUACUUUGGCCGCAGGGUGACGUUCGCAGCCUGCGUCCUCGCCACGACCGGCAUCAUCUUUAUCCAGUUCUUCUCGCAGUCGCUGUCUGUGCUACUCGCCGGGGAGCUUCUCGCUGGCCUCGUACUGGGAAUGUUUGUUGUUAUUGCGCCGGCGUAUGCGUCGGAGGUGUGCCCAACAGCGUUGCGUGGACACCUUGCUUCUUACGUGAACCUGUGCUUCGUCAUGGGCCAGCUCCUCGCCAACGGCGUCACGGCGGGCACGUCCAAGCGGACCGACCAUUGGGCGUACUCUAUUCCCUUUGCACUGCAGUGGUUCUGGAUUGUCAUCAUCCUGCCGGGCCUGCUCUUUGUACCGGAGAGCCCGUGGUGGUACGUCCGCAAGGGCAGGCUUGAGGAUGGUAAAAAGGCACUGAGGCGGCUCGCGUCGCCCUCGGUGAAUAUAGAAGCCUCACUGGCGUUCAUUGUCGAGACCAACCGGCUGGAGCAGGAGCUCGAGGCCGGCAGCACGUACCUGGAUUGCUUUCGACCAGUCAACCUUAGACGCACCGAGAUCUCGAUUGGUGUGUACUGCAUCCAGGUAUUGAGUGGCAUAUACCUGAUUAACUACGGCACUGUCUUCUUUGAAGAAGCUGGGCUGCCUACUGAUCAGGCGUUUAACAUGAGUGUUGGAUUUCUAGCUGUCGGGUUUGUGGGGACGCUUGUUUCAUGGGCCUUCAUGAUCAAUGUUGGCCGCCGCGUGCUGUAUGUCUGGGGUCUCUUGAUGCUCGUUGUGAUCCAGCUCAUCAUCGGCAUCCUGGACUGCGUGCCCGGCCGGCCCGCACGCGCCAUCUGGGCCGAGUCGGCGCUGAUGCUCGUCUGGAACUUCUUCUACGAUAUCUCCAUCGGCCCCAUCUGUUUUGUGCUGCUGGCCGAGUGCUCGGCCACACGCGUGCGGUCCAAGACGAUCGCAGCCGCGACGGCGGCGCAGGGUUGCCUCGGCAUCGCCAUGACGGUGGCCAUACCGUAUCUGAUCAACCCGGCGCAGGCCAACCUCCAGGGCAAGCUGGGAUUCUUCUUUGGCGGACUCGCGGGGUUGUGCUUUGCUUGGGCGUACUUUCGCGUCCCCGAGACCAAGGGCAGGACAUAUGAGGAGCUUGAUUUGCUAUUUGCCAAGGGUGUGUCGGCACGACAGUUUGCAGGAUACCAGCUGGAGGGGGAGCGGUCAACGGCCGUGAAGCGGGUUGAACGUGGCAAUAGUAGGCAGCCAUCUUCUUCGGAGACAGGGAAAUUGAAGAACCUCAUGCGCAUCUAUUCCUUCGCGUUCUUUCCUCGUGCUCGCCGUCUCCUCGAUCCUCGACCGGGCCGCUUCCCUUUCUCCUUCUCAGACAGCGUUUGCGGUUCCGGCUUCUUGUCCUCACCAUCCGCGGCCUGGCGCUCCUCCGAGACCUCGGCGACUGGCUCCGGCUGGGCUCGUAUGCUGAGCCUCUCCAUCAGGAUUUCCGCUCGCUGA